AUGCACCAGGCUGGCCACUACUCCUGGCCUUCUCCAGCUGUGAACAGUUCAUCAGAGCAGGACCCCCAGAGGCAGCUUCCGGAGGUGCUAAGUGGCACCUGGGAACAACCUCGAGUUGACGGGCUGCCUGUGGUCACCGUCAUUGUCGCUGUCUUUGUUCUGCUGGCAGUCUGCAUCAUAGUGGCAGUCCAUUUUGGGCCAAGGCUGCACCAGGGCCAUGCCACUCUCCCUACAGAGCCACCGACCCCAAAGCCAGAUGGUGGCAUCUAUCUCAUCCACUGGCGGGUGCUGGGCCCCCAAGACAGUCCUGAAGAAGCACCACCGGGCCCUCUUGUCCCUGGCUCCUGCCCUGCGCCAGAUGGACCCAGGCCCAGCAUCGAUGAAGUCACUUGUCUGUAGGAGGGAGACUUUGGAAAGUUAGCCUGACCUAGCUCAGAACAAGAAACCGGGCAGAGAACUAGGGCAAAAGCAAAUUGGAGCCUGGGCAUCAGAGCGUCGGAAG